AUGCUCCCCCCGUCCCGCCGUCCGCGCGCGGCCUUCGCCUGUUCCUGCCGGCGCUUCACCACCCGCAAAGGUAUCGUCUCCAUGGCCCUCGCCACCCUAACCCUCGUCGUCGCGCUCGACCUGUGUCUCAACGUCCGCUUCUUCGCGACGCAAUCGCGUCCCCUACCCCUCCGCAUUUUCUCACCCCCUCCCGCGUCCUCGUCCGUCCCGCCGCGUCGUCUCUCCCACGUCGUGUUCACGUCCACCUGUCGGGAGCUGGACUUUCUCCACGCCGAAGUGCUGGCGUUCACGCUCCGCCGCUCGGGCUCCAACGCGACCAUCACUCACCUGCUCUACGGCUGCGCCGCAGACGAGGCAGCAGCGCUCGCGCGCAGAAAAGAUCCGCGGCACCGCGUGCAGACGAGGACGUUCCCCGAGGUCGCAGCGGCUCCGCGCACGACGUUCGGGGAGAAGCUCGUCACGACCACGUUGCACGUGGAGGUGCUGGCCAAAUGGGUACAACAGGAAGCCGCAAGACUCAGAUCGGAGUCCAGUCAUCAGACGACGAACGACGACGACGACGACGAUCAGUUUCGACGGGGAUGGGCGGCUCCUGACGAGCUGGUGAUGGCCGUCGACAGCGACGCGAUCUUCACGAAGCACGUGACGGUGGAAAGCCUCGUGAAAGAAGCCAAGGACGUCGUUGCUCAUCGGAUAUUCGGGCAGGACGCGUCCUGGUACUGGCCGCUGACGUUCCCUUUACCGACGGAGCUCCUGGCGACCCUCGUGCCGACGGACUCGCACGCGCUGCAGCUCAAGGACUGGCGCGAGUACGCGGCCAUUGCCCCGUUUAUAGCAGAAGCAGGUGCGUGGCAGGAGAUCUUGCCCACGGCGGUGGACGUGUGGACGAAACUCGCGCCGGAGCAGCGGCAUUUGGCUCUGCCGAUCGCGGCGGCACAUUUCAAGACGGUCAUUGGCAUCUCGAGUGUGCUCAGUAUCCACCAUUACCCGUCGCGGUACCAGAAUUGGGACUUCUCGGACGACGUCAAGCACAAUCCGUGCACGGAAGCAGCAGAGGGCAACGAUUUGGCACUUUCGUCGUACCCGAUUUCGAUCCGUGCACUGAACUUUACGCUUCCGCAGUGGAUUGACGGGCGCGAAUGGAGUUUCUUUGCUGAUCAAGUGCCUUUGGAUUUCUUGACCUGCGAUGCGUGGAUGAUGCGCCAGCCGAGUGGCUACAUGUGGCACCUCGCGAGUCACACGAGCGGGUACGAGCGGGUUCCUAACGUUCUUCGUCGCCGUCACAUGAUUAGUGUGUGUCUUGCUGUAGAGGCUUACAAUAGCGCGUCGGAGAGCUAUCGGUCACGGAGUUGCCCUACUGGCUACAAUCACAAUCGUCGUAUUCCUAUGGAGUUUCGAGAGAAAACGUGGAGCACUGCCGUCGCUCUCGCGCAUGGCUCUCCCAUGGAAGUAGAUCCGCCCGUCUACUUUGGUGACUACAAGACGAAGCAGAACAGUGACGUUUUGAACGAGAGCGACUUGAAGCCAGAGCAAAAGGACAGCAGCGAGCUUCACUUUGUAUUCACGACGUCUUGCGAGCCGAACCAGAACUGGCAGAGCGAGGCUCUUGUGCAGAGUUUCGCUCGAGUAGGUCAGCGUGGUGUACUUACGCGCAUUGUGAGCGGUUGCUCGAUUGACGCUGAGAAGGAGCUGCUUCGUCGGACGUACCAGUCGGCGCCACACCUGCGCAUCCACGUUACUCGCGACUUUCGCUCGCUUCCUGCUUAUAUGGAGGCUUCCGACAAGACGGAGAAAUCUUCGAUACCCGAUGAUUAUGUGCCAUACAACAAGCCGUUUGGACUUCGCGACUGGCUAGAAUCUGCCAAUCCUCCUGUGCGUGAGGACCUUGUUGUCGUGCUGGACCCAGACUUUCUGUUCAUCCGGCAAUUUGCAGUGAACACUGGCGGCCGGGUCACUUCUGCAAAGGGCGUAGACUCGGGAGACUAUGUGCACGACGCUGAAGUUAUUGAAGGCAUGCGACAGUACAAGCGCUUUUUUGUGUACAGUGGCUCGCGCAAAAAUGUGAGCGAUACUGUGACGGAUGGUAUCGCGGUCGCACAGCGAUGGUCGCAGUAUCUGGGCACUACGGCCUUUGAAAAUAGCAGUAUAAUCUGCCCCGAGUGUGCAGAGGUGUCAAAGGCAGAUGCUGCCGAGUUUUAUGCUGUCGGUCCUCCAUACGCUAUCACACGCAAGGAUCUGACUCAGCUGAUGGACGACUACUGCAACAUGACGGUGCUCAAACGUGAGCAAAUGAACCGCGAGUCCUGGAUGAGCGAGAUGAUGGGAUACUCGCUUGCUGCAGCAAAGCACGAAGUGAAACACACGACGUUUGACAACUUGGCGCUUGGGAACAAGGUGAAUGACUAUACUGGCUUUGUCCGUAUCAUGAAGGGGGAUCCGUGUGCGGACCCUGUGACUCCGGUUAUCCCGGGCGAAGCGCCGCCUCUGCUGCAUAUGCGCCAGCCGUACGAAGCCAGUGAUGACCGCGGCUUCGUAUGGCUGUUCGACAAGCAGCUUUUGCCUCACAACUUGUUUGCGUGCGACUCGUGGCUGCUGGCUUCGCCGCCUGCGAGCGUCUGGUCGCUGGCCAAGCAAGGCAGUGAUAAGCAGCGCUUACUUGAGGCGUAUGGUGUAUGCACGAGUAUCAAGGUAUUUAACCAAGCGCUAGUCGACUUUAAGACCAAGAUGUGCCCUAACGGAUUUAACGAGAACCGGCGUUUGCGACUUGUAAAGAACGUUCGUCAGGAUUUGCUCACGGUGGGCAACGUGCACACGCCGUGGCAGAAGGCUGCUCAGGAGAACGCACCUGAAGGAGCUUGA